AAAAGGCGAAGCCUCGCUGCGGCAACGUCGGCAUCGCCUAUCGCGCGGUGUUUGUUUCUUCGGCGACGCGGACGAUAUGUAAAAUGAUCUCCAGUCAAAUGCCAUUCUCAGUGAAGUUUCCCGGAUAAUGCAAUGGGUUUAGGCGCCCUGCGUUGCGAAUUUCGUGCUGCUAAGUUGAACGCCUCGCUGGUGAUCGUCGUCUGACCCAAAUCGUGCAGUUUACCCGGCACUUCUUUUCCUUUUUUUUUUCCGAUUUUCAAGGCAUUGCGAUGUAUGCUUUUUGCGCUGUUAGUUGCAGUGAUGUAGACUGCAAUGCACGCGAGUGUUAGUGUAAGUGGGGAGACACUGCACAACAAAGACAACGUCAUUCAAGGCCAGCUGGAUGUACCGCUGUCGAGCAUCGGCCUUGAGCAGGCCGAGCUGCUGGGCAAGCACCUGCAGCAACAGAGGUUCACCCACGUCUACAGCAGCGAUCUGUCGCGUGCCAAACAGACUGCCAUGUCGAUUCUGGAAAAGAAUCGGGUGACUCCAGGGCCUAUUAUCGAAGACCAGCGGCUACGAGAACGGAAAUUUGGCACAGUGGAAGGCCAAAGCUUCGGCUACCUGAAGGAGGCAUCCAACAAGGCCAACCAAUCAGUGAGCUCCUUCACACCACCAGGUGCCGAGACGCUAGACCAGGUACGGAAGCGUGCCGUCUCCUUCUUCGAAGACCUCUGCCAGCUUCUGCGCGGGGCAUAUUUGACAGAAGACCAGGAAAACCUGAGCCCCAGCAAACGUAAACGCGAAGAGCAGACUCCUUCACUGCCGUCAUCGCUGAGCAGCUCGCCGUCUGCGUUCCCACCUUCCCACAAUUCUCCAUCAUCAGCUACGACGCCCUCUUUUGCCGACGAACUCAUCCGCGCAGCGCUCGGCCCAAGCACUGAUGAUGCUAGCAUUGCGGCGACAGACCCAGCCCCCAACGUCUCUCUCUCCCCACUCGUUGAGCAGUGGCCCGCCACCAACCCACCGCGGAAGCUCUCGGCUUGUAGUUCGUCGGACGAAGGCGACGGUGUUGGGGGUGGGGGAGCGCUGCUGGCAAGCAUCCUCGUCGUGAGCCACGGGGCCCUCCUCCGCGAGAUGGUCCGGCACCUCGUCGAAGACCUCGGCUGCUGCGUUCCCGGCGGCCGUAGCCAGGCCCUGCGCAUCAGCCCCAACGCGGGCAUCUCCAAGUUCACCGUGUCAGGCCCACGCGACCGGCCGCGCAUCGUCUGCCACCUGAUUCACGACAGGCAGCACCUCAUGGGCGGAAGCGCCUGUCCGAUCGUGAGCAGCGGCGAGUCAAUACCACGGCGGCGAGAAAUGCCUCCGGCUGGCCUUUCGGCAGAUGCUACGGCACUUUAGUAAAGGUGUGGGUGACCAGGGACUGUGAACGGAAUUGUCUCGUUUUUGUGCUGGAAGCACCCUUUGAUUCUGUUUUUCCUUUUUGUGAAGUGGCAGCAGCUGCAGCAUUGGCAUGAAGGUCUUGUGACACUUCAGCACAGAGCUGUGGGUAUGGCUUCCAUGUGCCUCACUGACGGGGGAGGCAGCGAGCUUGUCUGCUGACACAACAGUGCUUUAGGAGGCAGGCAACAGUGACGGGUCCGUGUUGUUUUUAUGAUGGAUGUGCAUUGCCUAUUUUGUUUUUACAUUUUUGUGCUUCCACGGGGAAGCAGUAUUUUGCACUCUAAGGAAACAGGACGUCUGCAGCGGGAGCACAAAGCGGUGUUCACUUUGUAGCGCCUUCUUUCAUAUGUAUAGCCGGCAGACGCGAGGGGCACUCAAGCUCUGGGGGUGAGGGGGGGGGGGGGUGUACUGCUGCCAGUCUGCCUCAAUUUUUUUGUUAAAUUGGGGCAUUUGUUUUUGUUUUGGUCAUCUCUGGCACGUGGAAUCAGUAUUUUUCACCUUGUGAGACUGGAACAUUCGACAGUUGAAGGAGUGAGCUAUUGUUAAGCAGCCUUUUCCGGCAGCAUUGUUAACAGUGUAGACGUUGGCCGAAGCUAGCAGCUUUCCAUAGUCAGCAGCGGUUGACCACACUCUCGAGGAUGUUGCACUGUAAUCCGGGGUGACCAAACAGUGCUUCAGGGCCAGUUAACUUGUGGUCCUAUUUCGUGGCACUGGUAUUGCAGAACUGGUCGUUAAUUGUUCAACCCCUGAUCCGCAGCUAGGGCAGUACUUGUUUGCCAAGUUCCUUGGUUCUGUUUUCACAGUAGCUCAGGAGCCUGUGGCUUUUUGUCUUUGUCCCCCCCUCCUAUACAUUCUUUGACGUUUUGUUUUAAAACCAAUGACACUUAUGUCGGAGAAGGAAAUAGGCACAAGCAAUGUUCCAAAGACUUGGCGGUGCAUCACCUGCGACAAAUUUCUCAGUAUAGUGUUCUCAUCAUUAGAAAUUAUUUUAGUGUAUGCAUGGGGACUGUUAUGCACUUUUCCCAAAAAUGCGACUUCCAGAAUGUGGCCGCAAAACAGAAAAAUUUAUGCACUCUUAAAGUUUGCUGCAGGCAUCCCAAUCGCAUACCUGUGGCGUCUGUUACUACGACUAGCACACAAGAAAUGUGCCUGUUAACAAUUUGCUGUCUCGCCACUUGUAGGAUAGCGUUGUACUUGAGGAAUGGUCAGGCAAAGCUUGAGGAAUGUCCAAAUUUCUUUGCUGCAUCUUAUGACGCCUAAUGCAUUGUAGACUAGGCACAACCUAUUUUGACAGUCGGCACUUCGUUCAGACAGUGAAGAGAACCAUCUUAACUAAAAAGUCCUUGGCACAAGUUGUGACAUUUCAUCGCUGCGGUAUUGCGCACUGUAUGCCAUAUUACUUUCUCAGUGCGAAGGCUGUGCCUACUUUUCCAUGUGUUAGUGACAUUAUUAUGGUGUUGGUUAUAUACUGGGUGAUUCAGAAGCAACAAACAAAAAAAUUGAAUGUUUUAUAGUUAAAAACUAAACCAUAAAAACCUGUGGUUUCCAUAUAAUUUUAAACAAGACAUCUACACACUGACAGGUGGCGCUUCAGAUUGCAACAGUGCUUUGGCUAAAAAAAAAUAUCCUUACUUUUUCGGUAAUUUCUUUUUAUCGCCUCGUUUAAUUUUAAACUGGAGCAUGGGGAAACAGAAUGAACUUGUGUGGCAAUUGCAACAGCUGAUUCAAGAUCGCUGUUUCGAGCUGAAUUAGCAUUAAGGAAUUCAGGGACGUUCAUCUUUUCUGUUUAUGCAAGAAAGUUUUUGUGAACAUACAAAGUGGAACGGGUUUCAUGAGAAAAUUGUUACUUUGACCCAAAGUAGCCUCCUGAAACUACAAAAAAGGAACUGUACGAGUCAUCUCAAAAAAGCAUCGUCAUCCAAUUAGUUUUCUAGACCUGCGUGAAUUUUACUUGAACCAUGUAGCUUUGUCUGAGGAGGAUGUACAGAUUUUUGUACGUGUGUGGGCGCGUGUAGUUGGAGCUACUUCUGGGUAGGUGACAAUUUCUUUUUUUCAUUUAUCCAAGAAACCUAACCAAACUUGGAACACAAGGUUUUUUACAGCAGUGUUAAAGUACACUUCGAAUUGGAGCUUCCUUGUACACUUCAAAAUAGCAAACCUCACCUUGUCAACCACACAGUGUAAUUGCUUAGAAAAAAAAAAAAUUCGUUAAGUUUCUACAUCCUUGAAAUCUCCAACAGCACUUUAUAGGGGAGCAAUUAGGUUGUUUCAACUUUGAUUGACACCCAUAAAUUGGUAAUCUUGCUUCAGGAGAUCCUUCAUGCAUUAAUGCCUUGUGCCUGUGCUACACGGGGAAGGUAAAUGCUGUUGUCUUGGACUUCAACUUCCUUAAAGCCAUUUGAUAUAAAGUUGGUGUUGGUCCUGCACUUUUAAUGGCAAGAAAUGCCAUGAUGAUCACGCUGCAGUAACUCCUGCAAGUGUGUUUAGAAUUGCAACGAAUUAUUUUUAAUUAUUCAGGGAGUAAAGAUGCAAGAAAUGCCACUAAAAGCACUAAUAGACACAUCUUAUGUAGGACAAUUUUAGUUUGCUUUAGAAACUUGUCUAGCCAUUACUGCUAACAUUGGGAGCUGAAGUACACAUUCGACGGCCUAAUGAGAUGUGAGAACGCACUACACUGUAACUGGCAUUAAGCUUUGAUGCCAUUAAGUAUAUUUGGUUUGCACUGCAUAAAUGACAUUAAACAUGAAAACUGUUUAACAGUUAAUUUCAUUUCUUGCACCUGUGCAACGCAGUUACUACAGGCAGCCAUCAACAGCGGCUCAACAAGAGAUGCCUCAGACUGGUGAUACAUGUAAUACUUUAAUAUAAGGACUUAUCCUCGUUGAGGGUACUAGGCAGGUUUUUUAAUAUGUCCUCUACUAACACUAGCAUAGUUAAAACAAUAUUGACAGUCCUAUUAGAUAGUGUUCGCUGUGCGUUGCUUACGGUCUGCUGUGCUCAAAUUUCACGCACAGAGGCGGAGGAUUGUGCUGCUUUCGCAAUUUUGAUUAGUGCGUCUCCCAAAGAUGCUAGCGACAUUGAAAAAAAAAAAGAGAAGUUCAUUCACCCUUGCACUUUUUCAAUAAGCUCUGUCAUGCGCUGCGGGCUGCAUUCUAUGCCACGAUGUCGUGUGCUCGCACACUAACAUUCUAACUUGGCAGCUAUGUGCAAGUUAUCAGGGUUCUCCAGUCUUGAGUGGAGCAAACUGUAAAGGCUCGGCUGAAACACUGCUGCAUUACCCAGUGUUUUCCCAACCAGUGUGCAAGAAACAGAACUUUGCAGUUCAGGAAUUACGAAAGAUUGAGCUGUAGCAACAACAUGAAAUGUGUUAGUCAAGUGAAGUGGAGAUAAAAUGUCGCUUUUAAUGGUGCCAGCAACUUGCAAUUAAUAUAUAUAAAGGUCCGUGGCUGGCGUUAUACAAGUCUGUAAAAUGAACUGCCAAAGGGUGACAGGGUAAAUUGGAGAGAUGUACUUCAGCUUAUGGUGACCAUCUGUCUUGUCUUGUAUUUCUGUGCUAUCUGCACCUUCCAGUUUCUGCUUUCCCCUUCCUCCCUUUCAUUAUGGAUUCAGUUUAGUUCAGCAGCUCCGCUAUCCUAUGUGCAAAAAUUUCAUUGGGGUAGAAUUGCAUUGGGUUCGAAGUUGAACUGAGAAAAGGCAGGGUAGGCUAUCACACUGCUUCUUUCUAUUCUGCCUGCUGGAGUAGUUCUUGGCUUGUGUUAUGAAGGCAUUCAAAAAGAAUUAAUCUGGGCUGAGGGUGUCGGUGCUGCAAUCUUCAGGUAGCAUUUUAUAUUAUAGAAGUUUAUAUAGAACUCUUUUACGAGAAUGUGAAAUGAAAUGCCCAUAAUUCCCUUUACACUCUCCCCCCUCCCCCCCCACCCCCGUGUGUCUGGAAUUGGCCACUGUGGUAAUUUCAUCUCCUCUCAUUUCCGUUGUGUUCUAAUGGUGGUAUUGUAUUUUCACUGCAGCUUGUUUCUGUACUGGGUAAGCAUAAGCGUUUCAUAUUUUAGUGGCAUUGUAGAGGCGCUGUAACAUAAAGCUAUUCCAAACUUUUCUAUUUUAAUUCUGCAGUCAGCCCUCUGCGAUUGGUCAAAAAGCUUUUUUGGGCCGCCCCCGCUUCGCCUGUCUGUCAUGCAGCAUCACAAAAACCGCGAUAGCUCCCAAUCUGACAUGAAGUGUACACACUGAUUAUGCAUGAUUCGACCGAACAAAAGAAAAGUAAUUUCUGAUUCGAUUCCUUUUCGCUAUUAACCCUCUGCUAUUGGUCAAAAGGACCUGUGUGUCACUUGACAUCGCGAACAACGUCCGCAUUAUCUGAACACCAAGAUAAAUACCCACUUGCUCACUGCGCCGCCUUCUUUUGUACCGUGGUAAGUGCAACGUCGCGGGAUCAAAUUCCAGCCAUGGUGGCUGCACUUAGAUGAAUGAAAUGCAAAAACACCUGUGUGUCGUGCAUUGCGGGCACACCAAAGAACUUCUGGUGGUCAAAAUUAAUCCGGAGUCCCCCACUACGGCAUGCCUCAUAAUCAAAUCGUGGCUUUGGCAUUUAAAAAAAAACAUAAUUCCUUUUGUACCGUUGUGAUAUUGCGAGGUGACAGUUGGUGUAAAGUCGCAUCUUUUCGCUUUUGGUCGGCGUGCACUUCUGCUUUAUUCUGCGACAUGCCUCCUCCCAGCCACAUCAUUUGCCAACAUACUUCUAAACCAAUAAAUCAAUCAGCAAUUGACGAACGAAAAACAGCGCGCACGCAACAAGCGAGAAAGAGCCAGAGAUUUCACCACAGCGCAGAGGCAUCUCGGCCUUUGUCCCCGUUUCGGACACGUGCACAAUGUUUUCCAUUCAUCGAAAAUGCAUUAACAAGUCCAAGUCUCUACCGAAUGAGUCGUGCUUCACUGUAAAGCCGGACAGAACCUGUAUUACUCAUGCGUGCUCAGCUUCAGUGUAGUGUCCUUUACUCCUGCAAAGCACAGUUUCUUCUUUUCUGUAGAACUCCCUGAUGUAAACUUUAGCAUAAAUGCUGUGUUAUAGCAAGGUUUCUCUCUUUCUCUGCAUUCAUGAUUGACUGACUCAUUGAUCGGAGUUUAACAUCUCGGACCAACAUGGGCCACGAUAACUCCCACAAUGGUGGGCUCUGAUAAUUUUGGCCACCUGGGGUUCUUUGACAUGCGCGCGAGGCUUGGUGCAGUCAGCAUCCAAAGUUCUCGGACAGUGGGAUCCAAGAAAAACAUAGUUUCUGAGCAUUGAGUAACUGCAGACUGUAGAACCGUGCAGCAGUAGGUUGUUUGCAUAUUACUAGUAGAGGCUUAUUACUAGUAGAGAUGGGAAAGUAGAGGCUAGAAAUAAACACCAGACUGCCGAAAUAUUCGGCUUUAGAUCGGAUCGCACGGUCUGUAGACUUGACACCGACUGUAUGCGAGUGUUUUUGCAUACCACCCCCAAUCGGAACGAACGCAGCCACGAUGGCUCUGAAUCAAACCCACGACCUUGUGCUUGGCAACAGGACCCCAUAGCUGGUAAGCGACCUCGACAGGCUGGCCCUCCGUUCUGAAUUGAAGCAUUUGCCUACACACUAAGACUCUUCUGUAACCAUUCUCUUGCACUUAAUUUGGGAACUUCGGUAUCUGCAGAUUUUCACACAUUUAGUUUUCUGCCUAGUGAUUUGCGAGCCGAGCCAGUAAAGGUUGGCCGUUGUUACGUGGAGUACUUGCCAGAAGACUAGAGUUGGUCAUUGAGAAGGCAGAAGUGGGCAAAUUAAAGUGUUCUUAAUUUUAGAAACUGUGUUCCUGGUUCAUGUUCAUGAUAGCGUCAAACACAGAAAGAGGCAACUUGCAGAACUGCUCACACCUCUUUGCGAGUACUUUGCCAGUAUGGGUAGCACUCUGGCUGUAUUAUGGGGCAGUUAUGUUCCAUUCGUAUUGGCUGCCAUGCCAAUUUUGCCAAUCCUGCAAUUGUCCUUGGUUCAUGUUCAAUCUCUUGGUUUAUGUUUAUAUGAUACAGGCACACAGGGAAACUACAACAUUCAGACCUGGCUGCUCACACCUUUGGGAACUAUGAAUAGCACGGGAAGCACCGUGAUCGUAUUUCGUAACAGGGAGUUUUAGAUUAGGUGCAUGCAAAUGGGUUUGGGUACCCAAAGGGACCUUUGCAUAUGCAAAGCACCACAUCCAGCUUGCAUUCUUUUAGACCCCUUUGGGGUUCUUUUGUAUACCUUUUUUCCUUCUUUUGUAAGUCUGGCAGUUGCGGACGCGAAAUAUAAAACUCCUUAACGGUUAUUGUCCAGUCGUACCAGCCAUCUUGCCACUUCUGGUAGACCCAGCAAUUGUUCUUUAUUCAUCUUUAUGAUGAAUGCAGACAUGGAAAAAAGAACAUGCAAAACUAACUACUCGCCCCUUUGCGAGUGCAUUGACAGUAUUCCAUGGAAGCACUGCGGCCAUAUUUCGCAACUGUUGCAUUCUGUUCAUGCCAGCCAUUGGGCUAACUUUGCCAAUAGUGACAACAAUGAUAGCGAGACCAAGAGCAGGCUCUUCGUAAAAGGCAGCAACGAGUGGAUCCUGGGAAGAAGUCGCAAAAUCUAGACCCCGAUUUUGGAGGUUUGGGAUUUGAUUAUGCGCAGUUAAUUACUGUAGUAGUUCUAGCCCACAGGAAUUUUAUUGUGCAAAACUGGCAACAUGUAAUGACUGUAACGGCCAGAUAAAUUUCUUCCGUCUGCUUCCUUACUGUGAUGUGCCAGACCUGGCGUAGCACCAUACAGUUAGUACCUGAUUGACACAAAGCCGCAAUUUCAGUCACGUCCACAGGAGACAAGAUUGUGGUUCAUAUUGUAUGGUGAUGUGUUUUUACAGUUCCGUUAGUGUGUCUUUGUGUUUUUUUCUCAGUGUUGAAAUUUGUUGUUACUGCUGAUACUGCUUUGAAUGCUUUGCAACUUUGAUGUUUGCCGACUGUGUUUUGCAGUAUCUAGCUUGGUUACAUUGUGCCAGAAAGAUUACCGAUCUCCUCUUGCCGAAUGGCUGUGCUAUGCAUGGGGCCCCACUUGGUUUGUUAUCCUGGGAAAGACAUCAGAAUGAGAAACUUGGCUGUCUUGAGCAACUAAAUGCUUAUGAAAUCUAAGAACACCCGGCAUUACUGCAACUACCAUCUUUAAAGCACAGCCAUUUGAAACUGCUUUAACAUGUAGGGGGCUUUUCAGAGGAAUGUGUGUCAGAAGUGCAAAAACAGGUUGGAUAUCUGGGGAAGUUGUUUUACUCGUGAAAAUAGCAAAGCGGACAGUGAUAUGCAGAUAUGUACUUGCAUCUUCUUCAUGUUUAGCAGCUGUCUGUCAUCCUGCUUUCACUAUGAGAGGGCAAGAAAGUAAAAAGCAGGACAAUGUGGUACUGUGGGGAUAUUCUAAUUGAUAAAACUUGUUGCCAAUGUUGCAGCAACUCUGGCAUUGAGAUGUUGGUUCGUGCUGUUCCCAAAAAAUGUGCAAACUUUUGCACGAGUGAGUACGUUCGUAAUGGCGUCAUUUUAUCUGUCAACAGGCUUCCUGGAUAUCUUUGUUUUUCUCCUGACCAACUCCAGAAGUUUAGUUUUGAAGACUAUCACUGGGAAAUACCUUGUUCUACUGCCUUCUGGCUUGUACUUGGAAAAAGUUAAGAAUAUAUGUGCUUUGGUGUUCGGAUGGCAUGUGUGUUGCUCCAUUAGCAGUCCUGUUUUCAUUUAGAAAGCGUCUUUCAUGCUUUACUCUGCUCAUGCUACACAGCUUUUUCCUGCACUGUUUCAAGUUUCUUAGCAACAGGAGCAGUACUGCAAUCUGUAGCCCAGAGAGGGAAACCACCCUGUAUUUAUUUUCUGCGGCGUGCAUUUUGCCCGAGGUGGCACCACUGUUCCUUAUUCCGAGAUUACUUUCUUUGAAUCCAGCAUCGCACUUCUGGUUUAUGGUGCAUAAAAUGGACAAGUACUGCAUUCAAACGUAUUGAACGAAGCCCUCGAAGUUGAAGUUUUGAGUAAAAGUUAAAGUGGGGCAAAUAAGCCAGCAGGACUAGCCGGAAUGAGCCAUCCAUACUGGCCUUUGCCAUGGACGCAGCACACUGUACUUUUUUACUUGAAAGCACUUUGCAAACUAUAGAACAGGGCCACCAUACUUGGCAGCAACCAUUGCACCAUCUGGAGCAUUUGCUUCCAGACAAAGUUCCGUGCUGUCAUGUUGAGCAAUGUGUUGUAUUCGCAGUUAUUGUACCUAGGCCUAACAGUUCUUCAGUGCAAGAUACAAGUAUCAGAUGUGAGAAAAUAGCAAAUUUGCCGAGUCAGUAAUGGAACAUUAUGCAAAAAGGUGCUGCAAUAACAAGCAGGUGAGAACAUGAGCAGAUGACACAAGUGCUGACAGCUAACUGAAAGGAUUGCAUGAGAAAAACGGCAUACAUAUGAGCACAGAGUUAAUACGCCAAAAGCAUUGCACAUUGCAGACUCGCACCGGACAACCGGGGCACAAAAAGCUAUUUAGUGAGGCCCACAUAAGACAUAUCUCCUUUUCUAGUGUAUUCUCAGAAGUCUCGGAAGCACACAUGGCUGCUUCCUUGCAAAUAGAGGAGGCUUCUACAAUAAUGAUAAAGAUAAUGAUGUCCUUAGAAUUCUGCAAGCUGGUUUACAGUACAUAAGUGUUUUAUGCUAGCCCUUUAUAGUCUUAUUGUGUCUUAAUUUUUUCAAGCACUUCUGUCUGUACAUUGCUUUUCCUAGCAAAUAUUUAGUUACCAGUCACUGGUUAAUACUGUUGGACAGGCUUGUGUGCUGCGUUUGCGACUGAUGUUACACCAGCACAAAGUCAAACAAGACAUCAAGAUACAAGAGAGAAACCAACAAACACUGGACUACAACUGAAAUCUACUUCAUCCUUUAAGUGCUGGCAAGAAACCAAAAAAUGCAUUUGGAAAAUGACUUGUUUAUUUAUUGCACAUCUGGAUAUCAAAUUUUUUGGCGAUUCGAAAUGUACGAUGUGGGGGUAGUCAAUUCACAGCUUGUGUUUAAAUACACAAAUAAAGGCGCUGGUGGAAGGUUCCGUCCAUCUAACUUCGUUCAUUGCCAUGCUGUAUCAUCAGUAGGUGAGAUCAGAGUCACUGGAUGUGUCUAUAGCACAGCAAACACUGCCGUCACUGUCAAUGCUUUCAUGCAGCAGCAAAUUGUCUCCACAGCUUGAUGACUCAAUCAAAUGACAGCUACACUUUGGUGAUGGGUGCGGUAACACGCGAGUAGCAGUCGCCAUUUUUAAGACCCCUGCUGGACGAACCUGGAAGAAUGGAGUCUGUAGGCCCCCUAGCGGCCAAAGAGGGAACUUACCAGAACGUCAAAAUGGAUUGGACCAACCCGGUCCGUUAUUGGCACUUUGUGUCCAAACUUGUGGAUAAGACAGCGUUAUUGCUGUGCAUGCGGGCCAUUUAUCCUCCCUCUGAUUAUUGAUACUCCAUUUCCUUGUGAUACCAUUAGAAAGGGGACUAAUGCAAUUAUCACCUUUUGGGAGGCUAAAGACCUUGCAGGCCAGCCGUUAGCUUUUCAAAAAGGGCAGCUGUUCACAGGAAGAUAGAGGCGUGAAGUGAUCAACGCCGGUUCAACGAAGAAUAUUGCUGGAGCCAAUGUUUUGACAAGUGAGAAAGACGCACUGCCUUGUUGAAAGGUUGACUUCAUUGACAUUCCUUGUUUGACGAGCGUUGAGCACAAUCGGUUAGGUCCCAAUUUAAACUGAUGCAGCGUAUGUGGGUUAUCAAAACGCAGACAUCCUGAUCAGCAAUCGGUAGGGUUGUGCGAACAUUCGAAAUUUUCAAAUAAUGAAUCAAAAAUUGGCCUCUUUGAAUCCUGUUGUCACUUUUCGUAAGUACAAGUAUUUUUCUAAUAAUUUUUUUAAUGCUUCAAAAUAUCAACUGUGUGCAAACAGAUAUUAGGUUGGACCAAAAGUAUAGAGAGUUUCAUCCCCUAGGGCAUAGUACAGGCAUGAAACGGAAGAACUUGCUUAGGGGAGCAGGCAAUGCUGUUCAGGGAGCCAUACCUUACCAGCCAUUUAGUGAUCAUUCACAUUCGCUGAAGAGUCCCGUGCAUGUGAAGAAACUGCCUCAUCCGUUCCUAAUCCUCCAUUUCCUCAUUCGACAACGCUUCAACACGUGCUAACAAAAUGAAUGCCAGGAUUUGCGCAUCAUUUUAGAUCAAUAAUGAAAACGGCUGUUCAUUGUUCAGAGAGUGUUCGAUUCGCUUCUGGCUCUGUUCGAUUCGUAUUCAAUUCAUCAAGAUGGCAAGUUGGGCCUGUUGGUUACGAUUCAUUGUAAAGUUUGUAACAGCCCAACACAAGACACGGACAAAAGGACAACGUAUUCAAUUCAGUGUCUACAAUUAGUUUGCGCACCCCUAGAAAUAAGCUGGAUGUCGUGGCACUGUUGUUCCUACUGCGUGCGUCUGGCAUUUUCCUGGCCCAUCAUUUAGACACGGACACCAACGGCAUUUAUUUUUGUGUUGCAUUUGUGUCCUGUUUGAUUUUGUGCUGGUAGCAUUUAUCAGCUUUCCUUUCAGAGUCCUUGUUUCUUUAGCACUGUCUAGCUGUAGAUGGACCUUUUUCUUCCCCCCCCCCCCCCACCCAAUUUUUUUUUAUUGAGUGCACUGUGUAGCAGUGCCACCUUGGAACCACUAUGCUGUUCUUGCAGCAGAUGGCACCACUUGCACUGCAGUUAUAGUUCCAUGCAGUGAACUCGUCAGUACACUGAUGCCGAACUGCACCUCUGUAAGGCUUCAAGAGUGUGCUUCUGUACUGUGACGUUUGUUGAGAGUGCAGAAUGUGAGUGAAAUGUACUGUUGUGCCAGAACGAAAUGAGGACGCGAAGAAACGAGUGGAACACCUUGCAUGGGGUGAUCCAAAAGUAGCAUAAAAAGUAAAAGCUUAAUUAUUUGACAGAUAUAGGUAGUAGAAUGAAGCAACUGUCACAGAAAUGCUACGAAAGACUGAUUUUCUCUCGUAAAAUAUUUUCAUGCUAAAAUCAUUUGUCACUGGCAGGUUGUGAUAUAGGACUUUAGUGCUGCUGUCACAACUGAAGUGCCUCCUGGCAGUGCCUUUGAAGGCAAUAAAAUUGUUUCUUAAAAUCAUUUAGACGUUUUUGUUUAAUGCAUUCUCUUCUUAUAGUUCAAAAAUUAUGGGAUGUUUGCUUUUCUGUUGCUUUUGGAUCGCUGAAAGUAUGCUUAGUUACCAGAGGUUUGCAAUAUGUGACGAGGGGGUAAUACAGGGAUAAAUGCACUCUGACCCCAACAAUUGGCACCACCAUCACGCAUACACUGGCAAAUGUCCACAUUUCACUCCGGCGAGGUAGUCUAGCUGGUAAGAAUGGCAUACAUCCAUCUUACUUAGUCAAGCAAUAAUGCGUGCAGAUUGUAUCUGUUUGUUCUGCUGCAGAUCAGAAAUAUGGCAUCAGGUUGCUGAGUGCUUGUUUAAAGUUGAUUGGUGUGAUGUUGUCUGGAUGCAUGCUUUAUCAUAAGUGAUGUCUUUGGGAUGUUGGCUACAAAUGUUGACAAGAAAAAUAUGAACUGCGUGCUUGCGUUAAUACGACACUUUCUCACUAUCAGUAUUUGGUAGACACUGAAUGCUGCAUUUCUUUGGAAUAUUAAUGUAUAGUUUAACGUUAGUGCUUGGGGGCAUUAUAACAGUUACCUCGUUACAUAGUUGGGUUGCCAAUGUGAUGAACACUGUUUCUGUCACUUGCAAAUCAAAUGCUCCGAGUCGGCGGCUUUCCCACAGUACGAGUUCAGAGAAGUGUUUCUCGCAAAUCGGUGGUUUUCGUUGCCACGCUAAUUUGUGCGCAGUGGAGCGUGUCAGCGUGAUGACUCCCGGUGCCUUGCUUGCACUCUUCGUGUGGAAUACUGCAUGAAAUGGUACGAAUCGCUCUACUAGGCUUUGUAAGGAAAUAUUUCACAUCUUCGAGUCUUGCUUCUACAUUGCUGUGGACAGCUGGAUACGGGUGACAAGAUGGAGGAAAAGAGAAAAUGUGAUUGUUGGCGCUUUUCUUUUUUUUUUCGUGUACAAUGUGUUAAGGCCUGCGAACGACAUGUGCCGUUGGUUGUGGCCAUGCCUAUUCAACGUGCUCCAUAACAAGCGGAAUAGGCAAAAAUUCAGUAAUUUGAACAGUGUAAACAGUAGCAAGGAGCACUUUUCCCAGAAAUACUCAAUGAAAUAUGGAAUCUUUCUUCCUUAAUUGCAACAGGAUUAGUUAGAUUUUUCUCCUACAGGUGGUGCUGUUGCCACUUGAUGUGACAACUGAAGUACCAUCUGUUUGGUGACAAACAACGGCUCUUGCUAUCGAAUUUUGGUAAAUGAGUGCCACAUUCUUCUGUGUGCUUCUGAGAAAAACUGCAUCAGGCAUUAGCCUAUACUUUUCAAAUUGGGUGUAAUAUUUUUGUUUGGAUCACCCUGUACAUAGUUGCAGUUUUAUUGUUACUGCUGACAGUCCUGGUGUGCUGCUUGGAGUUUCUUACAGUGCCACUGUUCUGUUUGUGCUUCUUAUUUUCUUUCCUUUUUAACCAUAGACCUGGAUCAGUUCUGAAUGGAGCAUGUUCUGCUGCUAUGCUGUUUUUACAUGGCUGCGUUCAGCUGUCAGUUUCUUUAUGACAGGCACACACAGGAAGCUUUGUGAUUUUACAAAUUGCCUACUGAAAGGGCUGCUGUUCUUUUUUUCACAACCCUAAUAAAAAAUGCUUCAUUGUCA